AUCCUACAGCAAACACAAGCAAUAUGUCAGAUUCUGAAACAGAAAACAUGUCAGAAACAACCAACAACAAAAACACCGAUUCCCACCCAAACCCUUCACCCUUCCCUGCGGAACUCGCCGCACAAUUUGCGGAGUUCCUGCGGCUGAGCAUGAGUUCGAUCCCCAACAAAACUCCAGAAAAGACUCAUCACCCCGAAUCGUUGGGUGAUAUCACAGUCAGAGCGAAACUGGAUGGGGAUAAUUACCCACUUUGGGCCGAUCUCAUGGACCGGGCAAUUGGGGGGAGGGGACUGACAUCUCACAUCAAUGGAGUUUCUGUCCCUCCAUCCCGAAACGACCCAACAUAUCAACAAUGGCAGCAACGAGACCACUGCGUCUUUACUUGGAUUAUCAACAACAUGGCGGCGGAUCUUGUGAAUGAGGUUUCACAAUAUGCAACGGCCAAGGAUCUUUGGGACGGGCUGGCCAUCACCUACGGCAGCGGCGCAGACCCCGUUCAAGUAUACGACCUGUACCGACAGACAAACACACUCAAACAAGAUGAAAUGUCCCUCGAGAGACUGUGGAAUAAGUUCCAAUCUCUGUGGAUCUCGAUAGAUCGCAGAGAGAUAAUACCAAUGACAAAGGAAAGGUUACGACUUUAUCAAUUCGUCACCGCACUGGAUGACAAGUAUGAAUCUGUCAAAAAGGAAAUCAUCCGGCUUGACCCAUUACCAUCGGCGCGCGAGGCAUACGCACGCGUCAGACGAGAAUCAGUCAACAACCAAAUCCAGGGCAUAGGCUCCUCACAAAAUCCAGCCGGCCUCGCCUCUGGCCUCGCAGCCACUGCUCGAAACCGCUCAACCACUGGACAGCAGGCGACUCAACGCCCAUGGCAGAAACGACCGGACGAAGAUCGAAGCCGACUUACCUGUACCCAUUGUGGUGGUAAAAAGCACACCAAAGAUGGUUGUUUCCUACUAAUCGGAUUUCCCGAUUGGUGGGACGAAAUGAAGCGAAACAGAGCAACAAGAGCUGCCGCGAAUCGAGGAGGAAAGGUCGCCACUGUGGUCGGAGACCGGGCUACCGACGCCGGGGGCACGGCGGGCAGCGCCGGUGCGACGCACUGCGGAACAGGAAACGAACAUCGCGGCAGUGAGGAGGUUGUGUGCUCCACGGCUAGGGCUAUGUCAAUGUCAGGAUAUCAAGACGGGGAUGAUGAUUGGGCGUGGCACUGAAAAACAAGGGCUUUAUUAUGUAGACAGGAUGGCCCACCACGGUACUGCGAUGCUGACUCACGGACCGACUUCAUCACAAGCCUGGAUUUGGCAUCGCCGGUUAGGACAUCCGUCUAUAGGAUAUUUACGUCUUCUGUUUCCUAAACUUACUAGCAAUCUUUCCCAUUUGAAUUGUGAAACUUGUUUUUUGGCCAAGAGCCACAGACACACGUUUAAAUUUAGUAAUACCCGUGAGAAGGUUCCUUUUUCCAUUGUUCA